GUACUCAUGUUUGUUCCAAACAGAUUCCUAAACAAUUUUAUUGCAUUAGUUUCACUGUUUGUCUUUCAGGGUUAGCGUGGGAUAGCUAGGUAUAUUCCACUAUUUACUGGAUUGCUGUCUCAUACCUUAAAACUAGUCGAAGACGAAGUGAAGCAUAAAGUAUCUCAAAUUUGACGUAACAAACGAAUGAAAAAGAAGUUGAAGAAAUCAAGACAUCAAUCCAGCAACUUACUUUCUGACAGAAUUUCCAUUGUUGUACCUGCCUGCAAGCUAUGUUGAACUUUAAUUGUUAAAGUGUGUACAAGUACUACAAGUUCCUAAAAAUGGUUGAAAAGAAAGUCAUUUCAGAACUUCCGUACAGCACUGUAAAGCUGAUAACUGCAACACAAAUAGCCACUUCUGUCUGUAACAUUGUGAAAGAGUUGGUCGAAAAUGCUCUGGAUGCUGGUUCAACUGUUAUUAGAGUGAAACUGGAAAAUAGUGGUCUAAGUAAGAUAGAAGUAAUAGACAAUGGGUCUGGAGUCAGCAAAGAAAAUGUUUUUAAAAUGGCUUUACCUCACUACACAUCAAAAAUCAGUCAGCAUCAAGAUUUGGAGGCUCUGGCAACUUAUGGAUUUAGAGGAGAAGCAUUAGCUGCCAUUUGUGCAGUAGCAAAAUUGUCGGUCACGACUAAAACUGCCGAAGACCCUGUAGCCACUACCUUUGUCAUGGAUAACAAUGGGGAAGUGAUAAAUCAAAAACCUUCUCACUUGAGUCAAGGCACCUUGGUUGCUAUGACUUCACUUUUUUGGAAUAUCCCUGUACGGAAGCAGUACUACCAGACUCCGAAGAGGAAAAAAGAAGAACUAAUAAAAGUUGAGGAACUCCUUCUUAGUUACGGGCUGAUUCAUCCUGAACUUCACCUUAGCUUUCACCACGACCACAGCCUCAUUUGGCAAAAGAAUCGAGCUAUUGACUUCAAAUCAAACGUUCAACAAACUCUGGGGCAUGAAAUCUGUUCGCACAUGGAAUUCCUCAGUGAAGAUGAUCUGAUUCAGGUGUUUUUAAUGGCGCCCAAAAGAAGUGCUCCCCUAGACAUUUGCUUUAGAAAUCGAGCUGAUCUUUGUUUCGUCUUCAUCAACAAACGUCCUGUGGUUUCAAAAGAAAUUGAAAAGCUGAUGAAGGAACUCUAUGCGUUCAAUCGGGAUGACAAUCAGAAGUCUACACUCUUUCCUAUUUUCAUCGUUUCACUUCACUUUCCGGGCGACGAAGUUGAUGUCAACGUCGAACCUAACAAAAGCAAAGUGUUGAUGAAACGACAGGGUGAUGUGCUGGAGUUGAUUAGAAACCGGGUUGAGAAUUUUUUAGGAGCAUCCGUGAUGGAAAAUUCCACGAAAAUUAGUUUGCCAUCAGAAAUGUAUAAAGAUAGCUCUCUGUUGGUCAACUCGAAUGAGGUGCCAGAUGUGUCAGUAGUAGAAGAAACGAUAAUGGAAGAUCAAAACGAAAGUCCUUUUCAGACUCCCCUUUCUACCCAGUUUGAAAUUACUCAAAAUUCACAGCUUGGAAUUAACCAAUUUGAAUCUACUCGGAUUGACUCUUCAGUCAAUGAUUUUCCGGAGGAUGACUGCCUGUUUCACGGAUUUAACGAACCAUUUCAGAUCGAAGUUGAGGAAGCAAACGUCGAGAAGAGUACGUCUUCUAAUCAGUCGGAAAUUAUAGCAAUUGGCUCUGACCAAUGGAGCAGGGGAUUGGCAAGAGAUUCAGAAGGACGUACUGUUCACGCAAUACAAGUUUUGAGGGGGCAGCCACAUUUGGACAAGCGCCAGCCAGACCCUUCUAUUACAGGCAAUGUAGCAAAAAAACCGAAGCUAAUCGAAACAUUGGAGGCAUCAAGAAUUGUCGGCUUAUCACCCACUCUUUUGGAAACUGUAAAUGGAAGCGUGCGCAAAAUCCCACCAGAUCCGUUCGGCGAAUAUUGCAAAGAAAUGAGAAACGAAUUGCUUUCCCAGGAUCCACUGAUGAGCUUUACGGAAUUGUCACAACAUUUGAGUCAUGGCUGGAAAAACCUUGAUAAAAGUAGUCGUGAGAAAUACGAAAAGAAAGCUGAAACAAACAAGCAACGAUACAACGCAAACAAGUUAAAAACGACCAAAGCAUCGACGAUGAGCAAUACCUCUUUGGAUCGCUUUCUGGUCGGGCAAACAUCAGUUGCUCGGGUUGACACAACCCCGACGAGGCAUGUAGUCGAAACUGCCCCACCUGCUAAAAGGACAUCCAUUAGCGUGGACUUUUCGCUGAAUGUUUUGAGUCGAUCGCUCAAAUCUUUCCAACAGAAACCAAAAUGUCAAUGGUUCUGUAUGGAAAAAUUCGAAAAUUGUGGAUGGCUUUGCUCUAAUGGGCACAUGGUUAUGGCUGUCAAUUUCACUCGACUCUACGAGAUGAUAUUGUACUCUCGGCUCGCUAGUGGGCAUAUUGUACCAUCGAAGCCACUCGUCAGUCCGAUAUUGAUCGACAAGAGAAUUUUUGGAGAUCUGGAGGGCUGGAGCAAACUUUUGAGUCUACCAAACGAGUGGGAAAGUGCCACAACUCGGACGAUCACAGAUGUUCGCCUUGUUGCCAACGGCGUCGGGAUUCGACUGAGCGCUGAAUCUGAAGAUGCAAACUUAAUGGUGUACCAAGUUCCUUCAAAUGUAAAAAGAUUUGAACUGAAUGACGUAAAAUCCCUUCUUCGUCAAGUGGUGAAAAAUGGCAGCACAGUCGAAAGCUGCCGUCCGGAGCAGACGCUCGUAAACCUAAAAGUAUACCACCAUGAAUUUACUUUGAAGCUGCACGGCUUGCAGCCGAGAGAUGUACCGAACCGGACGAAGGGGAGGUACGCGAAUUGCUUGAACAAUGGCUAUCGACGGAGUCUGAAAAUGUCUGUUUACAUGGAGAACCCAUCAUCUGGAAUUAUCCUUUAAAUGCUCAAGCUGUAUAAGAAGACAAGAAAAUCUGACGUGUCUUUCAACAACAAGUCUUUCGGCAGUAUAUCAGCUUUAUUGCGUUUAUUUCCCUUACGUGUUUUUUUUUUUCAUUGAUCAAAAGUAUACUUUGUUAUUGUUGUAUACGAUCGAUAUACAUUGCUUUGGUUCUCA